AUGAGUACUUCCAUUGGAGUUUCAGGUUUGGCUCAUUUGUUUGGCAUCGUCUCCAUCGUACUCUUACUUGUUUGGUUGUUGCACUAUCGCGAAGGGAUCGACUAUGAUUCCGACGACGGACUUCGCGUCUUCAAUGUGCAUCCUUUGAUGAUGUUCUUGGGUUUUAUUUUCCUUGUUGGUGAAGGUGUAAUGGCGUUCCAAACUGUACCAAACCAAAGACCUAUACCAAAGGUUGUUCAUAUGACAUUGCACCUGAUAGCUAUUGUUCUUGGCAUAGUUGGUCUGUGUGCCGUUUUCAAGUUUCAUAAUAUGCGAAAUAUUGCCGACGUUUAUAGCCUUCAUUCAUGGAUUGGCAUUGGCACCUUCUGCUUGUUUGGUUUGCAGUGGAUGUUUGGUUUUGUAACUUUCUUGGUUCCUGGAGCACAAGGUUCAACAAGAGCAAGAGUGCUUCCAUGGCAUAGAGCUAGUGGGAGAGUGCUACUUUUUAUGGCCAUAUGUGCUGCAGAAACAGGAUUGAUGGAGAAGUCUGGUUUCAUAAAUCUAAAACCAUAUCAGAGAGAAACUAAUUUGGUCAACUUUCUAGGUCUUACAAUUCUCUUGUUUGGUGUAUUUGUAAACAUGUCUGUUGGUGUUCGUUAA